UUGGGACCAAACAUGUCGAGUCUUUUUGUAUUAUUAGUCACUGAUGUAUGUAUGACAUCCGCGUGACUAAGUGAUCAAGUUACUAAAUAGCUGUUUUGAAGCAGAAAGACUGUAUAAAUUGUUCUUGUGUUACGUAGAAGAACUCGACAGAAGUAGUUAUGGACAAAGAAUUUUUUAACAUAAUUCAAUGGUUGACAUUUACUUGUGGACUUUAUUCAAUGGAUUGAUCAACAUCGCAGUCGAUCUGGUGUCAUCAUAGGAGUUCUACUUUUUGUUUGUAGUGCAAAGUAAUUAAGAUUUUUCGAACCAUUCUUGUAACCUCAAAUCUGUAGAAAGAAAUGCAAACGAUAUGCGACGCGUAAACGGUGUGCAUUUCGUUGCACACUGGUAGUAUCUACAUACGUAAUUACGCGUGUGGGUGCAUGUGUAUACAUGUAUAUACGUUUUACGAACCGAUUAAACGUCCGUUGUAUGUCAUACACUACGUCUUUUUCUGGAUGAAAGAAGAAAAAAAAGUACUAGUUAACAUUCACUUUUUCAUAAUGGAUACAUUAGUAUCUAUGGGCUAAAUAAAACAUACAAUGAAGCACUCAAAAAAACUUUUAAUAGAAUAAUAAAAUUGACAAGACAGUGGAUACUUUUGACUCUUUUAAAAAUGAGACAGUGUUGUUUAAGCCACCAACUUCAGUUGUGGCUUAUGUUUCUCAUUUUUUGUGUUACAUACAAUAGAGCAGAUAUUUUGGUAUUUUCUGCAGCUGCAAGACAUCAAAUUGAGGAAGAAUUUAGAGACAUGCCUGCCAGAUUUGGAGGUUUGAUACCAUCUGAAGGGAUUAAGGGUAUGGUUGUAUAUGCAGACCCACCUUCAGCAUGCCGUGAAAUACAAGGUCCCCCCAACAUUACUAAUUACAAUGGUUACUGGAUAGCACUAAUUGCUCGGUAUAACUGUAGCUUUGAGAUAAAAGUUAGAAUGGCACAGAAAGCAGGGUAUGAUGCUGCAAUUAUACACAAUGUGAACAGUAAUGAAUUAGAACCAAUGUCAGCAGAAGAUCCUGUAGGGAUAUUCAUACCAUCUGUAUUUGUCAGUGAAAUCACAGGAUUGAUUAUUAAAGAAAAUUAUUUAUACGAUCAGUUGUAUUUUGUAUUAAUUAACGAUGAUGCUACAUUUAAUAUUACACAUUUACUCUUGCCUUUUGCGAUUGUUGUUGGGAUCUGUUUUCUAGUCAUGGUUAUUUUUAUGAUCGUUAGAUGUAUUAAAGAUAGAAGAAGGCAACGAAGGCAUAGAUUACCAAAUUCAAGUUUGAAGAAAAUUCCGACGCACAAAUAUACAAAGGGUGAUCCGUAUGAAACGUGUGCUAUUUGUUUGGACGAUUAUGUUGAAGGCGAAAAAUUAAGAGUUUUACCAUGUGCACAUGCGUAUCAUACAAAGUGUAUCGAUCCUUGGUUGACCAAAAGUCGUAGAGUUUGUCCCGUUUGUAAACGAAAGGUUUUUGCAGCGGACGAACAAGUUGUUACUGACGAAAGUGAUUCAGACGCCGACGAUACAACGCCUUUAAUUCGUGACGGUCAUCAAGGUACUCAGGGUGGAACAUUUUCGCGACAGAGUGAAAAUCCUUUUAAUCGUGCUAGAAGAUCACAAACAAGGCAGGAUUUGAGCUACUCGGGUAGCAGUUCUGACUCUGAAGAGUCCUUUGCUUCAUCUGAAGAUAGAGCAAGUACGAGUGCUGGCGAGCCAUCCAGUGGGACUGUUUUUAGAGCAUAUGACAUUCAUAGCAUUAAUGGUGAGUUCCCGGAGCUUGAAUGUUCUGUGAGCAGCACUGAACCGCAUACAGUGAAUUUAUAUGCAGACGCUUAAGAGUUUCCGGCUCCUGUUGUUCAAAUUACAAGUCGCAGUACACGGGUUGUACCGAAUUCACAAACAUCAAAUUCGGCCGGGUCCACUUUAGCUGUUGAAAAUGAAGCAACCAACUGUUGUUACCACGGAUUCUGAAAGAAAUGACAUUUCAGCAUAAAAUUCGACUAGAUUCAUCUUUUAUUACAUUUCAUAGAAUGUUUAUUGUAAUAUCCCGAAUAAAAUUGAUACACCUCGAUAAGAUGUUACAGAAUUCGGCAUAGAAUGCUAAUAACUUCUAAUCGUUAAAGGAAACAGCAUUUUUAAAGCUUGAAGAAUUUUAUUUUUUAUUUAAAAGAACUCAAAUGUUGAAAGUAUAUUUUAUAAUAAUUUGUAAGCUAAACCGUUUGUGUAUACCAAAUAUUCGUAUAAACGUAUUUAAUUUGUUUAGUAUUCGACAUUCUUUAAGCAUUUUUUUACGUCCCGUAUUUUAUAGGAGAAAAAAGAAAAGAGUAAAUGCAAAUUUAUUAUUGGAAAUGAUCUGUCAUUAUUUUAAUAAUAAGAAUCAUUGUUACCCUAUCAAUCUUGUUUUCAUUGAAAGUCAUUUUAAAAACAGAUACUCAACAGUUAAGAUUGCAAAAUAUUUUUUUGCUAUGCAUAUAUCUGAGUAAUAUAAUAUUUCAAGUAUAUUCGAUUUUAUUAAAAUACCUUGAUAAAAGAAUGAAUAUUUAAUCGCAACUUAUUGUUGAUUUGAAAUAUUAUUUUAAUCGGCCUUAUAUUCGCAAAUAUGUAUGGCCUACAUAUAUUUUAUCUUUGCACCUAAUUAUUGAUUUACCUCUGUUCAGGUUUCGCUACCACGGUACACUUUCUUUUUUUUUUUUUCGUAGAUUAAAUAUAGUUUAAAUAAUUCCAUUAGCAUUAUCGGUGUAUAUAUAUACAGAUAAUAAAAGAUGAAAAAUAGAAUUCGUUUUAAUGCAGGACAUAUAGAGAGUAUAAUGGAACACUAUCAAAUUCUGACGGUUAAUAUUUUUAAUACUGUACGUUAAUCGUUAUAAUAAAAAAAACUUGUUCAUUAUAAAUAAUAUUUCUCUUUCGUCGUUUUCUAUGCGCAUUCUGUAAAUUUGUAUCUAUAGUGAAACGUUACGUUUACAACCAUUUCCUAAUGAUCAAAUGGAAAGAUAUAUGUAUUAAUCUCUAUAAGCGAUAAAUAAAUGUAUGUAAAUUAGGAAAUGGUGAUUCCAUCUUCACUAUUAAUCCAUCGGUGUUGAAUCAAGUCUUUCCAAAGAAACGUUGUAUAAAAUUAUGUAAAUAGUCGGUAUAGGUGACCGCGUUAUGCGUGUGUAUAUACAUAUAUGUAUAUGUAUAUUGUGCAAUGUUAAAGAUUUUUACUUGAUUAUUCUAAUGUCCACGACGGAAAAUUAAAUUAGUAGCUAUCUUUAUUGUUUAACCUUAGAUGUAUUGUAUCUGAAUUAAAAAUAAAAGAUUUAUAUUUCUGUCUG